CCCACCCUGCUUCUGCAGACUAAGCUUGACAACAGACAAAACAUAGAGGGCUAGGCCAAAAACAAUCUUUUGACUGCAAAAUCAAGCUGCAAGCAUUGUGAAAGAGUUCAAUUUCAAGGCUAACUGCAUCAAGAAUACAAUGAAUACUGGAAUGAUAGUCAAUCUGCUGCUAGCAUUGCUAGCAGGAGCAAAUGGUCAAGGCAUUGCAGCCUCUUUCGUUUUCACCAAUGGUCAGACGGUACAGGAAUCUGCUGGAGUUUUCCAAGCAUGUGUUGCAUUGAACGAAGCACUCAGCACAGGCAGCAUCACCAUCACCGUUGCUACACAAGCUGCAGUCAACACUGAGCGAGGGAUUAAUUUUGGGAAUCCAACACCGCAGGCCCUGACCUUUACACCGACUGCUUCUCAGCUGUGCUUCAGCAUUCCCAUUAUCAGGGACAACAUUGUGCAACUCGGAGUACAACUGUUUGCACUAUCGCUAUCUUCCACUGAUAUAAAUGUGCAACUAUCAAUGCAACAAUUUGUCACCAUUGAGGAGAGUGAUGUUCUCGUAGUCGCUCUGUCCAGUUUAUCUUAUACCGUCCAGGAGGGUAUGCCAAUACAGAUAUGUGCUGAUGUAGUGAAUGGGAUUCUAGCCUCAGGCAGUUCACUCACAGCCACCGUUACCAGCCAAACAGGCACUGCUAGUGCUGGAUCUGACUUUGUGGCAAUAGUGUCUCAACUCGUUUUUACCAGUGAAGUGGUGGCUCCAGUUUGCAGACCAGUCAGUACCAUUGACGACUCAAGUAUAGAGGCACUGGAAUCCUUCACAGUCACCUUAGAACCUCUGGCUGGGGCUAUUAAUCUGGAGGUUGUGAAUGGUACAGGGAUCGUUUAUAUCGUCGACAAUGAUGUUGCAACACUUGGAUUCCAGGAGACGGCCAUAAUGGUAGAUGAGGGCAACUUCAACAUGAGCAUGCAGCUUGAGGUGUGUGUUGAGCUGAUCCUAGAAGCAGGGCAAGAACUUGAGAGGCUUGUCAAUGGAUCAGCAAUCACUGUAGCUAAUACAGCAUCAGCUGGACAGGACUUUCUUCCUUUGACACAGUCUUUAAGUUUCGAUUCCACCAACAGGAAUGGCGACCUCUUCUGUUUCGAAGUGACAAUCAUCGGAGACGACACUAUUGAGCAAAAUGAGACCUUCAGAAUUAAGCUCACCUCAUCGACAGAGGACACUGUUGAUCCCAAAGAGGUCACGAUUACUCUCAUCCACGACGGAGACGUCAAUGUCUGCCCAAUGCUGCCCAACAUUUCAAAUGGCCAGGUGACAAUUACCGGGUUCGGUUUGAGAGAAACAGCUACCUACACCUGCAACACUAACUUCACGCUAGUAGAAGGAGCCAUUACCCGGGAAUGCCAGUCGAGUGAAGCCAGUGGGCUGUGGUCAGGGAAUGAGCCUCGUUGUGUUCCGAUGUGCCCCAUCUUUAUGAUCGAACAAGGUACUAUCCAAAUCACGGGAGACUCAGCAACUGCAGAGUGUUACGAUGGCUAUGAGGUGUCAAUGGGUGAUGUCGUGAGAUAUUGUCAACAAAACUAUACAUGGAGUGGCACAGAGCCGCAAUGCACACUUGUUGACUGUGGUACCCUACCGGAUGUCAUGAAUGGAAUCGUGACGCAUGAGGAUACUGUAUACCAGUCCACGGCCAUGUACAUGUGCAACAGUGGCUUCACACUGACGGAUGGGAACAGUCAGAGGACUUGUGAUAUUAACGGAGAUUGGACAGGAGAGGAGCCAACGUGCAAUGGUGCAUUGAAGACCGUGGUGCCUUCUGGAGUGGUCAUGACGCUGCUGACAGUACUUAUGGCUACUCUAUUGGCUAAUCUUUAAGUAAUUCACAACUUCACACCCUAAGAUUUUAUUGAAUGCUACACAACUGAACAAUAUAUAAUUAUUGUAUGUAUAAAAAUUUAGUAGGAGCUUUUUCUUAUUGUUUUUUAUAAUUAUGUGUCGCAGAAUAAUUUUUUUUAAAUGACUUUGUAACAAAUAUGAAAUGAAUUGUGA